GUACAACAGCACCUCCUACUUUGAGCUCAUUCUUUACUCUCCACUGCACCGACUUGACGUGCUCAGUCUAUAGCGAACACAAAAUACUGUUCCCGCAAGAGCUGAAGCGUCCCAAAAAGGUUUGGGUUUGAACAUCUUAUUUUGAAGAAUUGCUGUCAUGAUGCAGCUUGAAGAUCAAACCCAGCAAUUAAACAUGAGCUCCAAACGUGAACAGGCCUCCCCAGCUUCCCUUAUGCAUUGUGGGAUCUGCAUCAUCUCCAUCUGUUGCUGCACAUAUAUCGAACAGGGCUGCUCCACGUGAGCAGAUCUUGGUUUCAGAAGGUCCCAGACAGGAGCUGGUCCAGGUUCCAGGUUAAGAAAAGAGCAGCGAAAAAAAACAAAGAGCAGACCACAGUGAGAGACUCAGCAGGCAUGAGAGCAUGACACGGAUGAACUGCAGGAGGAGACGGCUGUAAUUUAUGAGGCAGUGAAGGUGUCUCCCAGCAGAGCAAGCCUCCUCCUCGUCCUCCUGCUCCUCACUUUCCUCAUCUGUUUUGAUAGAGUGGAGCACAGCUGUGCUCCAAGCCGUCACAUUAUCUUCCCUGCAUCUGGAGAGCACUGAAGCCUUUACAGCCCCCAGGAGCUGAAAACUACUUCAGUUCAGCACCAAGGCGGCAGAAGCGGUUCACCUGAGGCAAUCCAGCGGACACGCUUGUAAACCCUCCAACAUUUCACUUCCAUUUGCCCCAAUCGGAGCCUCGUUUUUGGCGUUUCCUGCAGCUGGAGGAGCGCUGCAGUGAAGAUCUGGCUUUUUCUGGUCUUUCAUUUCACACGUGGAUCCUAAGGAGGGAAGCAGCAUGGAUCUGAUACACCUUUGGCUCCUCGCCACAACCUUUAUGCUGAUCCACCAAGCUUCAGACAUGAGCCCUGCAGCAGAAGAAGGCGCCGCCAUGCAGCUCACCCACACCCCCCACCGAAGAGAGAAACGCUGCUCCUGCGAGAACCAGAAGGACAAAGAGUGUAUUUUCUUCUGUCACAUUGGAAUCGUUUGGGUCAACACCCCGAGCCGAGUGGUGCCAUACGGAUUCGGGUCGGUGCGUCUCCGGCGGGAACUCCGCCGCUGCCUGUGCACGGACGCCCAGGACACGGCGUGCUGGUCCUUCUGCUCGUCUCAGAGGGAUGAAGGGGCCGACAUCAAGAACAAGAGCGACAAACUCCAAGGAUACAGAGCUGCCUUCUGGGAAAAACGGAGCAGGCAUGCCCUCAAAGCCCAGACCUGAGGAAGAGGAGCAUCGAACGAGGAGAACGGAUUCAUCCGAGACAUCAAAUAUUGGGCCUGUGGUUUGGUCAUGCACAGCUUAUGUAAAUGUGAUGAUGACAAUGAAGUGCUAGAAGCUUUUUUAACUCGCAGCAGAUGUUUUAUUCUUAGUUCCUCCAAGUGUUGGAUCUUGUUGAUUUGUGACUUUGAGGGACACCGCACUGAGCUCAUAAAGGCCGCUGAAGCCCCCAAAACCUCACGGUGGUUUGGACUUUAUGUUUUGAAGUAAAAUCCAGGCCACCCUCAGGAUCUGCUGUGUCUUUUAUGAUGCUGGUGGGAAGGAGCAGACCUCAAUGGCUUCCAGCAUGAGUACGGUGCAGCGUAAGAGACAAACUUCAAACAACCUGGUGGAGGGUCAUCUUCCAAAAAACAACAACUUCCUAUUGGCUAAAGAGGUUUUCCUCCAUCGACCCGUUAGCUUCAAACUCUAAAGCCACGUCAGAUGCAAAAAUCUGCUGAUGUUUAUGACAAAAAUGUAAUUUCAAAAGACUGAAAUGAAUGCAUUGGAAAAGACACUUGGAAAAAAUAUUGUAUGUUUGGUAGAUUAUAUGUCUGAAGAGCAGCAAAAUAUACUUUAACCUCCAUAAACUCAUGAAAUGUUUAUCUAAAAUGUGAAAUGUUUACCUAUUUUAUAAAUCCCCCCCCAAAAUGGUUUGAUUUAUUUUUAUAUCCCCCAAAAACCUUUGGCAAAAUUAUAAUAAUAUAUUUUGCAUUUAAACUCUGAUCACUAAAAUACAAUGAUUCCUCUGAUGAGCCACAGUUUAGCCUCUUAGAUCUCCUACUUUUAAAAAACCAAAUGUUUCUAAUGAAAAAAACUGUCAGCUGAGCGAAACAUCUGACUGUCACUGCUGGCAAUAUCCCAAAAUGUUUGGAGUCCAUAAAACAUUUCCUCCUGUGAGUCACAAACGUUUGUUUCCUUUGAUUCAUGUGGAUAUUUUAGGAUCACAGACGUAUACUCUGUUUAACCAGCCACUGAGUCCCUGCGGGUGUCUCAAAUAUGUCUCAGACAUGUCUUAAACACGUCCCAAACAUACUUUAAAAUAUGUCUCAAAAUUGUUUAAAAUAUGUCUCAAAUAUGUCUCGAAUGUGUCUCAUACAGUAUAUGUCUCAAAAACGUCUCAAACAUGUCUCAAACGUGUCUCAAAUAUGUCUCAGACAUGUCUUAAACAUGUCCCAAACAUAUUUUAAUAUAUGUCUCAAACAUGUUUAAAAUAUGUCUCAUACAUGUCUCAAAUACAUCUCAAACAUGUCUCAAACGUGUCUCAAUUUCAUAUGGGGAUUUCAAACAUCAUUUCAUUAAACCAGUUACUCCAUGAGAUGUCAGAUCCCGGUCUGAGAUGAGCUGAAGGUUUGACCUCUUUUAUUCUCAACAAAAGCUACAAAAUAUUCAAAGCUUUUUGAGGGCACAAAUUAGUAUCUUGUGCACACAAAUAAGAAUUUUGUGCACACAAAUUUGCUAUUUCUCGCACGAGUUAGUAUUUUGUUGGCGCAAAUUCAUAUUUAUGGGACACAAAUAAGAAUUUUCUGGGCCCAAGUUAGUAUUUUGUGGUUACAAAUUAGUAGUAGGAAUUUAAGAUGCUAAAAUGCAGAUUUGAGGCCACAAAAUAGUAAUUUGUGCCCAAAAAUGAUUAUUGUAAGUACAUUUUUUUUGUUUUUUAAUAUCAUUUCCAGGGCUCUGUGGCAAACACAAAAACUCAAUUGUGUCCAGAGUCCCUUACUACUCACUCCUUAAUGCACUACUGCAUAUUACCAUUUUUUCGGGGCAUCUGGCGUCCAAAAUCCAGUGUCUUGGAAAUUUACCAGAUGUCUAAAUGGGUAAAUAUAGACCACAAUGCAUUGCAUUUGAAUGGUUUGUCAUUUGAAAAACAUGUACUCACAUUUAUUUCCUAUGAAAUGUCAACGUUUUUAUCAUCAGAACACCAGAGGACAGGAUGCACUGUAUCCUCCUUUAGGGGUCAGGGAGUCAAUCUGGACACGGCCUGAUAGUUUAAGAAAUAACAUUGUAAUAUUUUAUCCUAACAAGAAGCAGAUUUAAAGUUUUCUGUUUUCAGCAUUUGUCUGUUUUAGUCUUAAAGUGAGGCCAACUUUGAAAUAAGCUGUUGUUAAAGCUAAAGUUCAAAAGCAUGUCCAACCAACGGUACAAUGAUGAAGUUUGAGUUUCAUGUCAUUUGCCAGAGUUUGGUGGUGUGAAUGUAAAUGGGAUGUUUCUGUCACUGUUGCUCUGCAGGAUCUCGCUCUGUAUUUGCUUUAGGAUGCAUGUGACACGCAGUAACCACAUUGCUGUCUGUAUUUCUACCUGUUUGCACCUUCAUUUCUUCCUCCAACGUGCACCUCGGACCAAAGGAUGCACACUGAUGUGGAACUGUAAAAAUAAAGUAUUUAUUUUGUUUCUCUACUGCACAUAUAAAGUGUACUCUAAAGUGAUAUUUAAAUAGAUGAAGCUUUACUAUU